AUGCCGCCGAACAACAGGAAAAAGAAGAAGCCCACCGCCAAUCCAGCACGAGGAUUUGCAACAGUCUCCGUUCCGUCGAAACCGAAACCGGAGGGUACAGAAACGCCUUCUUCGACUACUGAGGAACCGAAAGCCACACAAGAGAGCGAGCAGCAAACCCCGCGCGCUGAAGACCAUCGCGCCGAUGCGGGCGCCCCGGACACGGCGCCCUCAUUGCAGAACUACUCGCCGGAGGAGCUCGAGCAACAUCUCGAGGAAGCAGAGCUACAGAUUCUUGUCGAUAAAUAUGCGGCAAAAUGCAAGAGUGACGCGACCCGCCAGGCCGCAAAGUUAGACACUGAGCGGCGGGUCUUCCGACAACAGUCGGUGUCAUUGAGUCUCCUCGAGUGGCUCCCGACCGAGGUACAAGACAGAAUACUCGCAUUGGCGGGUGCGGAAGAACACGAAUAUUUUACAUCGGGUGCACGAACUGCCAGCGCAAAACAGGCUGGCUCCGAAGAGGAAUUGUAUACGAAACUUUGGGCGCUGAAGGAGGUGCUCUUGAAGCUUGAAUUCCCGGCCAACCGUGUUGAAGAGGCCCUUAAACAUGCUUUGCACUACUUUGCGGACAACUCGAACAGUAUCAGUCGGGAUAUGGUGUGGAAUCUGGAGGAAUCACUGGAAUGGCUGGCGAUGCACAGCGACAAGAAAGAACUGCCUCCAUAUACACAGACAAAUGCUCGGCCGCAGAAGGGCGCAGAUACAGUUACCUCCUGGAUGACCGACUCGGAGCCGUCACGGUCCAUGACCCCCAAUGUUUCGCAGAAUGAAAGUAAACAGGGAAAGGCGAAGGCAGAUUGGAAAUCAUCCAAAGUCGCACCUCCUGUCACUUAUGAAUCGGACAGCUCAAUCGACCCGGACACCAUGGUCCCCGAAUGGCUGGAGCUGCAGACUCGACUUUAUGGCCUUGAACCGGACCUAUUCGAUCGUCCCGGGAAAGGGAAAAAAGCCCGCAAGAUUGCUAAAAUCGAGCGUGAUGUGCUCUUUGAGCGGCAAGAAGCGGAAUACAUUUGGAAAGACAAGCUUGACGAGCUGCGGAAAGACGCCACAUUUCUCCGGCGACCUGUCGAGAGAAAGAAGCAAGAUCCACAUCCGACCAAACAAGAGGACCCUAAAGAAGCUGACUCGGCUCUCAUGCCGAUGGAUGAAGUCGACGAGAAUGCCGGACUUCUUGGCGAUAUGUUCGAAGCUGAACCCGAAGACCCAGGAUCAAUCCUGGGAAUUCCCCCUCCAGUGGUUCAACCUGCAAUUACGAUGCGUGACUUUGGAAAAUGGGCUGGUCUGAGCCCACGGCGAGUCUUAGAAGAGACCUGCAAAGCAAGAGACUCAUCUUGCGCGGUUGUCUACCAAGACUUCUCGUCCUCGAGUCACACAAACAGAAAGGCCGUUGAGGUGCGGUGGUCGAAGCCCCAAGAAGUUCCAUUUGCUUUGUCAGUGGAGUCACUGACGCAUAAGUCAAAUGCCUUUGCGACAUUCGUUUCAAUGGAUGCCCUUGCGACGCCCAAUCCCCAACAGGCCGAGGGAUAUGUGUCGACUCUUGCCCUGUUUAUCCUGUUCCCACAGAAUUCCAAGGAGGGCAAAUCAUACUUGCGGUUACCGGCGGUUUGGAGGGAGCUUUGGACCGAGCUUACAACUCUCAAGAAAGCACAAGAGGACACGGUUGACAAAGCUACAGUCAAGGAUCUCAAACGCCUGGUCCAGGAAAACCAAGGCACAUUUGAAGAUGAUAUUGUCCUGUUGGAUAAUUUCAAAAAACGCAACGGAGUCGGUAGCAAGCCAGGAAGUCCCAUGAAAGGGCUCGUGCGAGAAAGCCACUUCGACACUGACGAGCAACUGAGGCAAGCGUGGGCGGCGAAGUCAUCAAGCCCAUCUUUUCAACGCAUGAUGACAGGCCGAAUGAACCUGCCGAUCUGGAACUUCAAGGACGAGAUUCUUAAUACGCUGGAUACUCACCAAGCUCUGAUCAUUUGCAGUGAGACAGGAAGCGGAAAGAGUACGCAGAUCCCUUCCUAUAUCCUCGAGCAUGAGAUGAUUCAGGGUCGGCGUUGCAAGGUCUAUGUGACAGAGCCGCGCCGUAUCUCUGCAAUCUCUCUGGCAAGACGAGUCAGUGAAGAAUUAGGCGAAAGCAAGAACGAUGUGGGCACUAUGCGCUCUCUCGUCGGCUUUGCAGUGAGGCUUGAAAGCAAGAUCAGCCAAUCCACGCGGCUAGUAUAUGCAACAACUGGUGUCGUUGUGCGCAUGCUCGAACGGCCCGAUGACUUUCAAGACAUCACUCACGUUGUUCUUGACGAAGUCCACGAGCGUACCAUUGACAGUGAUUUCCUCCUUGUCGUGCUUCGCAGACUCAUGCAUAAACGGCCUGAUUUGAAGCUUAUCCUCAUGUCUGCGACUCUUGAGGCACAGCGCUUUUCCACGUACCUUGGAGGCGUGCCGGUCCUAAAUAUUCCAGGUCGCACGUUCCCCGUGGAAAUGAAAUACCUCGAGGAUGCGGUCGAAAUGACGAACUAUCGUCUCUCCGAGGACGAGUCAUUCACCGCGCUCGAUGAGGACAUGGAUGAGCCACCCACUGAUGCUGCUGUCGGUGACAACGCGGGAAGUCUUCAGGCUACGCUGGAUGGAUAUUCUAAGCAAACCAGAGAAACGGUGCUCAAAUUCGACGAGUACCGGAUGGACUACCAGCUCAUCAAGAAAUUGCUACUCAAGAUCGCUUCGGCUCCCGACAUGGUUCACUACAGCAAGGCCAUCUUGGUCUUUAUGCCUGGGUUGGCGGAGAUUCGUCGACUGAAUGACGAAAUCCUUUCAGAACCACAAUUCCAAAGGGGCUGGAUUGUGCAUGCGCUUCACUCUUCGAUCGCCAGUGAAGACCAAGAGAAGGCAUUUGUUGUACCUCCCGAAGGCACAAGGAAGAUUGUGAUUGCUACCAAUAUCGCAGAAACUGGUAUCACAAUUCCUGAUAUUACUGCUGUGGUUGAUGCAGGAAAAGAGAAAAUGAUGCGGUUCGACGAGAGGCGGCAGCUCUCCAGACUUGUUGAGUCCUUUAUCUCACGUGCCAAUGCCAAACAGCGGCGUGGCCGAGCUGGACGUGUUCAAAAUGGCAUCUGCUUCCACCUCUUCACCAAAUAUCGACAUGACAAGGUGCUUGCGGAGCAACAAACACCAGAAAUGCUCCGGCUCUCCUUACAGGAUUUGGUGUUGCGCGUCAAAAUCUGCAAGUUGGGCGAGGUAGAGCAAACGCUACUUGAAGCCUUAGACCCGCCUUCCUCCAAAAACAUCCGACGCGCUAUUGAUGCUCUGAAGGAGGUCAAAGCCCUGACAAGUAAUGAAAGUCUGACAUCCCUUGGAGUUCAGCUGGCCAAACUACCACUGGAUGUCUUCCUGGGAAAGCUGAUCAUCCACGGGGCCUUUUUCCGGUGCUUGGAUGCGGCUGUCAGUAUCGCCGCCAUCCUAUCUUCCAAGUCACCUUUCGUGAACACAAUGGGCUCCAACUCUCAGCGUGAUGCCGCACGCAUGUCCUUCCAAAGAGGGGACUCGGACCUUUUAACCGUGUACAAUGCCUACUGUGGCUGGAGGCGCACAAGAAGUACGCCUGGGUCAAACGAGUACUCAUUCUGUCGGAAGAACUUCCUCAACCCGCAGACGUUACUGGGCAUCGAGGACGUCAAGAUGCAGCUAGUUGUGUCCAUUGUCGAUUCCGGCAUGGUGAAUCUGGAUGCCUCCCAGAGAGCGGCUCUCAAUCGAGCGCGUUCCAGCGGGAGACAACGCCAAUUCUUCAUGAUCCCAGAAGACUAUGACCUCAACAGCGACAAUGAUACGGUGAUUAAUUCGGUCGUCGCCUGGAGUUUCUACCCGAAGCUUCUGACGCGUGAAGGCCGAGGCUGGCGUAAUGUUGGGAACAACCAGUCGGUUACAUUGCACCCGACGUCCGUCAACAAGCAAGCAGACUCGGCCAUCAAAUGGAUCUCGUACUACCACAUCAUGCAAGCCCGCAACCGAAACUUGAACGCACAUGAGACCAGCGCAGUGGACGACUUCGCAGUCGCCCUACUAUGUGGCGACGCCGAGUUCAAGAUGUACUCUGGUGUAAUCUCCAUCGAUGCCAACCGGGUCCGAUUUGCCGUGCGAGACUGGAAAUCCAUGCUCGCUCUGAAAACCCUCAGUGGCCGUCUUCGAGAUAUUUUGUCCAACACAUUCCGCAAUCCACAUCGCCCAUUGUCAUACAAACAGCAGCAGUGGCUUGAGAUCUGGCAGCAAAUAUUUGCUCAGGCAGGCAAGCGCUAA